UUGGGCUUCCUGUGAUGGUCACAGUCUCUCGCGGCAUAGAGCGCAAAAAGUAGCAUUGCUAGUUUUAUUUGAGGUUUCUUCAUCUUCUUCUGGAAAUCAAAUCGUCACAGUGACAAUAGUUGAAAAGAUGGGAGACUCUAAGCCAAAAGCAUACAUUGCUUGGUUUUGCCCCUUUGCACAACGUGCUUGGAUAUCGCUGCUUGCAAAAAGAGUUGAUUUUGAAUACAUUGAACAAAACCCUUACAACAAGACACCAGAAUGGAUGGCCAUCAGUCGUAAUGGACUUGUACCAGUCAUUAUUCACAAUGGAAAUACUGUCUAUGAAAGUGAUGUUUGUAUUGAAUACAUUGAUGGAGCCUUCAACAGUGAUGUCUCACUCAUGCCUAAAGAUCCCUACCAGAGGGCUUAYGCUCGCAUAUGGGGGGCCUUUCUGGGUAACAAGGUCAUUCCACACAUCUUUGGAAUGACYAUGAAGCCAACAAAGGAGGAAAGAGAACAAGCCAAAGAGAAAUGCUUAGAGGGAUUGAAAGAAUUCACUGCAGCAAUGUCACCAGAUCAYGAAUACUUCCAACAAGACACUCUCAGCUAUGUUGACAUCAUGCUUGCUCCAUUUCGUGAAUAUUUUCCAGCUAUGAAAGAAGCUGCAGGAUUUGAAAUACCCCAAACUCCUGAAUUUGAGCGCUUUCACAAAUGGUUAGCUGCUGUUACAAAGCAUCCAGCUGUGGCUGCUACAGGACCUGAUCCCAAGAAGUUUAAGGAGUUUGCUGAGAAGUAUGUUCAGGCAAGGAGGGAAGGAAAAAAGCCACAGAUGUAGGAAAAAAUGAAUGAUAUCAAAUUUAUUCCACAUUGUUGCAAGUAAAACUAUUUACCUAAAAUUAUACUGUAGUAUGUAACCAAUCAGAAGAUAAUAAUCAAAUAACUCAGCAAGAGCUGUUCAUUUUUAAUUGAAAUAUUGUUAUUCAAAUCAUAAUAGAAUGUAAUAUCAACUCAUCAAUAAGGACAUAUUGUUUAAAAAAUUGUAAAUUUUCAAAUAAUUAUAAUUUUAAUCAUUUUUUUUUUCAUUUAUACAAUUUUAUUCAUUGGAUUUUGCAAAAAUUGUAAUGAAUUUGCUAAAGAAGAUUGCAAAUACAUCAAACUGCUUGUA